GUGCAAAAAAAUUAAGAACUAUGAUUGGAAAAAGUUACAGUUUUAACAAAGAAGCAUUACGUGAAAUUUUUCAACAAAGAAUUGAUUAUAUCUCAUUAACUACAGACUUCUGGACCAGUAGAGCCAAGCAUGGAUACCUUGGUAUUACUGCUUCUUUUAUUGCAACAGACUUCAGUGUAGUUGACAUCAUGUUAGAUAUUAAAUAUGUUCCUGCACCUCAUACUGCAAUUGUAAUUGCUGAUUCUCUUUAUGAAAGUAUUUUAGACUGGAAUUUGUUAGGUAGAAUUGUAUCUAUAGUGACUGAUAAUGGUGCCAAUAUGAUUGCAUCCAUUCAAUUACUUAACCAAAAACCUGGUUGUUAUGCCAUCAAACGUUUACCAUGUGUAUCACACACAUUACAAUUAGCAAUUGGAAAAGGUUUAAUGAUUGCUGAGGUAUUGGUUGCUCGUGUAAGAAGGAUAAUUAAUUUUUUUUCAACACAAAAACAAGUAGAGAGAUUAAAAAAUGUACAAAAACAUUUAGGUUAUACAGAAGCCUUGCAAUUGGUACAAGAUGUUUCCACUAGGUGGAACUCCUCAUAUUAUGCAUUUGAUCGUCUUUUCUUUUUAAAAGAUGCAAUUAUUCAACUUCAAACUGAUUUAUGUACAUCAACAAAUAGAGAAGAAAAAAAAGAUGGAAAUAAGCUUAGAAAAAUAAUGCUAUCAGAUGAGGAAUGGGAUUUAGUUGAUGAAUUAAUAACUUUAUUAAUGCCUUUUGAGCAAGCCACAUGUGAAUUUUCAGGUGGUUCUUAUGUUACUUUAAGUAAAAUGGUGCCAACAAUAAAGGAAUUAAUAUUCAAUUUAGGAGAUUUUUAUGAAGCAUCAUUAUUGGGUGAAACUACAACCAGUGAAUUCAAUGAUCUUUAUGAAACAAACUCAAUCCCAGACAUUGAUGAUGAUGAAGUUUUAAGCAAUUAUUCAAAAAAGAAAAUUUCAAUCAAGUAUCCUAUAAAUACAAUUAAUUUAUUGAAUAAAAUUAAAGAAAAAAUCUAUGAUUCAUUAAUCUAUUAUUGGAAUGGCCCUAAUGACCUUGGAUUAUUAGCAACUCUUUUGGAUCCUCGUUAUAAAAAUUUAGAUUGCAUUGAUGAUGAGCAUGAAAAACAACAACUAAUACAACAACUUUAUAUAGAAUACAAUGAAUUGAAACCUGAAUUGAAUAUAAAUCAGAAUGAACAUCAAUUAGUUGAUUUUAUAAAUGAUAUUUCAUUAACACGUUCUUAUCAAGGGUAUAAACAUUAUCGCCUCUUGAAGGGUAAAAGAAAAAAUGUUUUGUCAAAUGAUCAUUAUUUAUUAGAUGAAGUAAAAAGUUAUUUGGAUCUUUCAUUAGCAUCAGAGAAUGAAAAACACCACUAUGAUUUGUUGUUCACAGAAAUAAGUUAUGGUCCAUAUACCAAAAAUCCAAAUCAUGAUAAUCAUAUUGUUGAUGAUAAGAAAAGAUUGAGCAGAUUAGCAAAAGACACAUAUAAUCAUAAUUAUUUUUUCAUAAAGCAACUGACAAAUGAUGUCCUAAAGCUUCUUCAAAAAUUGAAAUUCUUUACAUUACAUUUUUAUGAGACUAAUAUUGAGAUAUGCAUACUAGACAGGGAAUUUCAUCCAUUUUAUUGUAUGACACCUUUCAGAACACUUGAAUUGCCUUUAAACAAUCAGAAUGAUACAGAUAAUGCUUCAAAUUUCAUUGCCUUAUGUGAGGACCUUUUGUCAUUGAGAGAUAUGAUUUCAAGAAACAUUUCACUAAUAAAUGAUAUUGAUAGUUUAGUAGUGUCAUAUUUGGAUAAAUCACAAACAGAACAAAACACUCCAAUGGCACCAACAUCACAACAAAAUGAAAUAUCACCACCAUCAUCUGGUAGUGUAUUCAUAACUUAUGAUUCUUCAUAA